UGGACUCCGGGCAGAGGCACAUCGGGCUGGACUCCGGGCAGAGGCACAUCGGGCUGGACUCCGGGCAGAGGCACAUCGGGCUGGACUCCGGGCAGAGGCACAUCGGGCAGAGGCACACCGGGCAGAGACACACCGGGCAAAGGCACACCGGGCUGGACUCCGGGCAGAGGCACAUCGGGCAGGACUCCGGGCAGAGGCACAUCGGGCAGGACUCCGGGCAGAGGCACAUCGGGCUGGACUCCGGGCAGAGGCACCAGGCGACGCAGCAGGCAGCGGGCCACCAGGCGGAGCAGCAGGCACCGGGCCCCCAGGCGGGGCAGCAGGUACCGGGCCCCCGGGCGGAGCAGCAGGCACCGGGCCCCCGGGCAGAGCAGCAGGCAUCGGGCCCCCGGACGGGGUGACCGGCAUCGGGCCCCCGGGCGGGGCGACCGGCGACGGGCCCCCGGG